AUGAGAAGUCUAAUUAAAUUGUUUGAGAAACGCGAUAAAAACCCUCCUCAAGAUGGAGAGGGCGCUGUUAACGAUGUACUCGUACGCAACACUCCAGACUAUGAUAGUGGUAACAUUAAUGGCAACGAAGCUUCGUCAGCCCAAAACCCAGCUUCAGAUCUUGAGGUUUUGAUCGAGCGUUUGGAGCGUGUUACGUCUCGCCUGGAACGCCUGCCUGGUUUGGGCGACCGCGUACCGAGUCCCCUGCCUGAUUCUUCACCUGUGUGCGUCGUCACACCACCUCAAGCCGAGCUGGUUCCAACUGACAACAUGAGUAUUAACGGCUAUCAAGAUAUAUUACAGGGGCCAUUGCGUGCUUACCUGGAGCUGUCGAAGAAAAUCGGCGGCGAUGUUGCCACACACGCUAACCUCGUGAACGAAGCUUUUCAGGCUCAAUACGGCUACAUUCAACUCGCCACGUCACGAAGCAAGCCAUCCCAAUCGGAAGAGAUGCAACUCCUGGCGCCCACCAGCGAGAAGAUCUCCGCGAUCCAGCAGUUCCGGGAGAAGAACAGAGCGUCGACGUUCUUCAAUCACCUAUCAGCGAUCUCUGAAAGUAUACCGGCCUUAGGGUGGGUGGCGGUGUCUCCCACACCGGCGCCGUAUGUCAAAGAGAUGAACGACGCUGGCCAGUUUUAUACGAACCGCGUGCUCAAGGACUGGAAGGAAAAGGACAAGACCCAUGUUGAUUGGUGUCGCAACUGGGUUCAGCUGCUUUCUGACCUGCAAGCGUACGUGAAGCAGUACCAUACGACUGGACUCGUCUGGUCUGGAAAGGGUGGCGCCCCACCUCCACCACCACCCGGCGGGCUGCCCCCACCCCCACCACUGCCUGAGGCGGACUUCGCCAACCUCUCCGUGGACGACCGCAGCGCACUUUUCGCCGAGAUCAACCGGGGCGAGGCCAUUACUAGUAACCUCCGCAAAGUGACGUCUGAAAUGCAAACCCACAAGAAUCCGCAGUUGCGACAGGGUCCGGCGCCAUUCAAGGCGGCUUCGCGGGGCGCCCCCGCUAAAGCCUUGCCUACACCCGGGGCUGGGACGCUGCCAGAUAAGCCGCCUGUCUUUGCCCGAGAUGGAAAGAAAUGGCUGAUUGAAUACCAGAAGGGCAACUCGAAUCUGGUCGUGGAGAAUGCUGACAUGAACAACAUGGUCUACAUGUUCAGAUGCCGUGACUCCGCGCUGACGGUUCGCGGAAAGGUGAACGGCGUAAUCCUCGACUCCUGCACCAAGUGUGCCGUGGUCUUCGACAACCUUGUCUCUAGCAUCGAGUUCGUUAACUGCCAGUCUGUGCAGAUGCAGGUACUCGGCAAGGUGCCGACCGUUUCGAUAGACAAGACCGAUGGCUGUCAGAUCUACCUGUCGAAGGAUUCUCUCGACGUCGAGAUCGUCAGCUCCAAGUCGUCGGAGAUGAAUGUACUUGUGCCACAGGCUAAUGGAGAUUAUUCUGAGUAUCCCAUCCCUGAGCAGUACAAGACUGUCCUGAACAAGCCACCCACCGGCCUGAACACCACGCCCGUCGAAAACAAGGGCUAA